AUGGGCGCCUUCAAUGUGCUCUGGGCCGGGUUUCUCGAGCCUACGCUUUUUGAUUCGGUCAUCUUGAUCGAGCCGGUGAUCCAAUAUGACCAGCUUUUGAACGACUGGUUCUUCAACCGAAUCCGUAAGGUUGGUAAAUUGAUCGAGGAAACGUACCCAAACUUAGAUGCUGCACACGAGCACAUGAAAAAGAAGUUGUUCUAUAAUGUCAUGGAUAAGAACGUCCUUGACCUCUUUGUAGACGAUGAGUUGGUGGUGGAGAAGGACGGGUCCGUUAGAGUGAAGUCUGACAGGAGAAGCCAGGUAAGCACAUACUGUGGAGUGGCGUACUCUGCUGAAAAGGGAAUGGCCAUCUUACCGCGUCUAGAGAUCCCAUUUUUCCAUAUAAUUGGUGCACAAGCCACGUGGACGCCCAAAGAGUCUGUGGAGUGGAUCAGAGGUGAAGUCCCAGAACACUUGCUCGAGACGGCUGACGUUCCAGGCGGCCACUUGGUGCAUGGCGAACAGCCACUAGAGAUGGUGAAGGUGUGGUCUGAAUUUUUUGACAAGAGAGUCAAGUUUAUCGAAGAGGCCAGAGACAAGUUCCCGGAGAACAAGUACGGCAACAAUAGAAAGAAGAUCAGGGACGAGCAGUGGGCAUACAUGGAUACUGCCGAUAUGGACAAUUUGUACUACGUUAGACAUGUUCGCCCCAAGCUUUAG